AUCAGCCUAAGGCAAACAUUGUAGUCGUGAGUGACGGUAGUGUCAGUGUGGAGGAGAAUGGAAGAGUUACGGAAACUUGAAAAAGUACAGAGAAUGGUGGAAUUCAUGGAAUCACGCGGCGUAUCAGUUUCAACCUCCGAUCAUCACUCCAACCGCUUCCUCGCUAAUCUCAUGCUCUUCUUAAUCGAACCACCACCGUGUGGCUCCGCCGCCGCCGUCGGAGAAUCUGAACUUGGAAUGGACCACAAGUGCCGCUUGGUUUCUCACCUCAUGCCUACACUCUCAUCUUCGUUUCUUGAGGAUGCGCAACAACACCUUGUCACCGAACAACAUAAUACUGGUUUUCAACAAAAUCAUGGUGGAAAUGCUUUGCUAAGUUGCAGUCAGAAGAAGGAACGUAGUUUGUUGCCAUGUUGUAAUGAAAACAUGGCCAUGGUGAGUCUGGAUUCCAUGGAAAAGGCAAAUUCUACCCUUGAGGAUUUUUGCAGAUCUUAUUUUAUGUUUCAUGGGUUGGAUGUAAGCAAGCCACAAUCAAUAUUCAAAUAUUUACCCAUUCUUUCAUUCACAGAAAGUUAUAUUUAUCAGCUGGAUAAAAUGAAUGAGAAGUUGCAACAAACACCAGCAACAGAAGAUGAGAAAGCAACUCACGAUUUGGUCUCUUGCUUCUCAAAUGACCCAGUUGGACCACUGGUGACUAUUUUUGAGCAUAAAGGCCUUUUGACUGGAAGGAUAAAAGACGAACUUAGACUUGGAGAAGAGUAUUGGGCUCUUGAAAGAAAGCUCUGUCAUGCAAUGACAAACAAGGAGGAGAUUCUUGUUGAUGAUGUGAUGAAGGCUAUUCAUUUAAAGUCUUUUGAUUAUCGAGUGCUGAAUCUUCUUCUCUAUGAACUGCGAGGAGCUAAGGUUGAGGACUUACAUAUGGAGUUUCUUUCAGUUUCAGAAUUCUUAGUGGAAGUUUCUGAUGAUCUGUAUGACUACGAGGAUGAUGUUUUAGAAAAUAAUUUCAAUAUUUUGCGCAUGUUUAUCAGAAUAUAUGGAGCUUCAACUGCCCCUGCUAUGCUGGCUAAAUGCAUUAGUGAGGCUGAAAAUAAGUAUGAAAGUUUGCUGGAAUUACUGGAUCCGCAGCUGUCUAUGAACUACCAGAAAAGAUGUGCAGAAGCCACCAAAGAAGGUGGAAGGGUAUCAGAAAAUCCUCUAGGCACGUGGAGUAUUCCAGCCGUGAUUCAAGAUGAAGAAUUAUACAGAUCCAUGUUGAAAUCACAUACUUCCUAAAUGUGACCUGAACCGUGUCAAUGAUGACUUGUUUGGUUCCAUGGUGAAUAGUCUAGAAUUACUUCUGGUUAGAAGUUAAGUACAUGUUUUGAUACACUGCGGAAAACCACGAUGAAGUUAAAAUCAUGGUGGACAGCCACAAAAGCUAAAAAAAGUUGUUUCUAUCCACCUUGAUUUUGGCUCACCAUGAUUUUUCAUCGUGUAUCCAAACAUGCAUCAAAUCUCUUAACUUCAGAAUGACCAUGCCUUGAAUUCUAUGCAAAUCGUAAAACCAAACAUCCACGGAGGACCAGACCCAGGUUGGGUUAAAAUGGGGCAGUUUCUUCUCCCAAGAUAAAUUUUUUCCUGAUUAGAAUUGUAUUUAAAUGUUGUUUUAGCCGCUCCCACAAAUUUUUUAUUUUCUCUUCUAACUCGGGACAAUUAACUUUGCUUAAUGUGAAUUUUCACUCCCCUUA